UUUUGCCCCGCCCUAGUAGUUCAGGUCUGACCAACAGCACUGUCGUGAUGACUAAAGACACAAGGUCUUUGUCUCAGAUGAAUAUCUCUGACACUGAGAUGACCAUCUUAUUUCACGUGGAACCCAGCAUCAACGUGUCAUUAGCCGUUUUCUUGUCUUACGGAUCACCUCCCAACUCCACAUAUUACCACAACAAAACCAUUUUGAACUACACAGAUGACUAUCGCUGGUUGAUAACCCCAGAGAUGUUGCAGAAGACUCAAGGGGCUUGGUACUUGGAAACCAGCCUUCUAAACUUCACGUUGGAAACUGAAGUGACACUAAACAUCAACACAUAUUUUAGCAGGUGCCUCUACUGGCACACUGAGAAACUGGAAUGGAGCGACGAGGGCUGCAGGGUGGGGGAGAAAAGUACUCCAGAGCUGACACAAUGUUUGUGUAACCACAUGACUCUCUUUGGGAGCUCCUUCUUUGUGAUGCCAAACUACGUCGAUGUGUCUCGAACAGCUGAGCUGUUUGCCACCGUGAAUGAGAACUAUGUGGUUUUGGCCCUGUUGUGUGCUUUCUAUGGUCUUUAUCUGAUCACACUGAUGUGGGCCUGCUAUGCUGACCGCAGAGCAAGCUCUAAGAGGAAGAUAACGCUGCUAGAGGACAGUCACCCAGGAGCUCAUUACAACUACCUGAUUGGGAUCCAGACGGGACAUCGCAGGGGUGCUGGCACUUCUGCUAAUGUCACAAUUAAGCUGACUGGCACCGAAGCAGACAGUACCAUACAUACUCUCACGGAUCCAGACAAGCCAGUGUUUGAGAGAGGAUCUUUUGAUAUGUUCCUUUUGUCCACACCUUUCCCACUUGGAGAACUUAAAACCCUGCGUCUGCAGCAGGACAACUCAGGAGGUCACCCAUCAUGGUAUGUCAGCAAAGUGACUAUACAAGACCUGCAAACAAAAAAUGUUUGGCACUUUUUCUGUAACUGCUGGCUGAGUUCUGACCAAGGAGAUGGUAUGACCAAGAAAACGUUCAAUUCUGCAAAAACCAAUGAGAUCGCCAGCUUUAGGAACAUUUUCACGAGUCGAACGUCAACUGGUUUUAGGGAUGAACACAUCUGGGUGUCAAUUGUUGAUCCCCCCUCCCGCAGUCCAUUUACUCGAGCUCAGAGGGUUUCCUGCUGCAUGUGCUUGCUCCUGUGCACCAUGGCCAUCAACAUUGCCUUCUGGAACAUUCCUUUAGAUCCAAACUCUAGUGUGCUCUUUUCAAUGGGGUCCAUCCAGAUGACUUGGCAGGACCUCAUGGUUGGUGUGCAGUGUGGCCUCCUCAUGUUCCCCAUCAACAUCCUCAUCAUAACCAUCUUCCGGAGCAUUCGACCUCGCAUUGUGUCACAAUCCAAAAACGACAACCCUGAUGAGAUCUUCAAACCUCCCAUUGUCACCAUACCAACUAUUCUAAGGGAAACCGAGCAUCUGAUUUCUCUUGUGAGCAUGAAUCCCAGGAACAAGAUGUCCGAGACGCUCAAGCUUGAGGCCUCCUGUGACCUCGUACCAGCUUUGGAAAGGCUUCAUAUCCUUAUCCAGUAUAUUCAAGGUGAAAGUGAGAGCGACAACCACUGGGUUUACUGCAGCAAGUUCCUCCUGGCCGGGCUGUGCAACCUCCACAUGAACCUGGAAAAACUGGAUGCGAAAAACUUCUCAUCUCCAGAAGAAUACCAGAGUGCUCUCAAUACCACCAACCUGCUGGUUCGCAAGGCUGAGAUGGUUUUCACCAGUCAUCUGUCCAACUGCCCAGCACCUGUGAGGAAGAAGAAGAAGGCAACAGCUGGAUUUAAGCUUCCCUGGUGGUGUGUGUUCAUUGGCUGGUUCCUGUUGAUCUCCAUCAGUGGUAUAUCCACUUACUUCACCCUACUGUAUGGCUUCCAGUAUGGCAAAGAGAAAUCUAUUAAAUGGGUCAUGUCUCUGGGCCUGUCCCUCUUUGAGAGCAUCUUCAUACUGCAGCCCCUGAAGGUAAUUGGUGUGGCUGUGGUCUUUGCCCUGCUGCUGAAGCCUGUGGCUGUGGAGGAAACUGAGGAGGCAGCACAGGUGCUGUUAGCUCAACAAGACAGAUGCAGGCGAUACACCGGCAGGGAUAUGCUGUGAGGAUGCAACACCCAGCCAGAGAGGCCGCGUUCUGCACCAUCCUCCUCCCUGCUUUCCUUCAACACAAGCUAGUCUACAAAUAUCCAAAAUAGUGCAUUCUUAUAUUUGCAUAAGUACAGUCUUUCUUUAGUGUGGGGACAAAGUAAAUAGUAAUGAAAUGAUUGACCAAAUAUGUAAACAUGCUGAUAAGUAUGUAUCUAUAUUCAUGUAAACUGAUGCUCAAAGUAUGUCACUGCUCUAUCAUUAAUUUGUAGAAGUGAAAUCUUUUCAGUCUUAUAAAAAGUAAUGAAAGUAGGUAAUAAAAAGUUUGUUUUUUUACAGAAGAAGCAUAUUUUUAAUAGUCCGAUAUUAAUUCAAUUGAUUGAUUAAAUUCAAGUUUCAGAAUUAUUUUUCAACUGCUUAAAAUUAUUGUAAAAUAAACUAAUAUUGUCCUUGUUUUAAUUUGAAAAGCUCUAAUAAAUUCUGGGCAACUAGGCAAAAAAUAAUGCAGGGUAAGAAAUGCUAAAAUUAGUAAAUUUGUUUCAGAAACAUGUUUCUUUCAGCAUGUGUCAGUGUGUAACUUAAAAUAAAAGUUUCUUUGGGGACUAGUGGAAGGGUACACUUAUAUAAUUGCACAUAUGGGAACUAAUGGAUAAUUGAUCACCUUUUUCAUUUCACUUUCAUCCAUGUAAUGCCUGCUGAUAAGGGGAUUUUGAUUUUUUUUCUUUUUUUUUUCUAUCGUUGGCGGGUUCUUCUCUGAAUGAUUUAUGACAUUGACCUAAGUGCGUUUGUGUCGUUGCCUCUAGUUUGGAAAUGCAUGUUUCUCCUGUAGACAUCUCAACAUUUUGUGUUAGACAUGUUACGAUUCUAGCGGGAUUAAAAGAUCUUAAUUCCUUUUCUGUUACAAUUGGAUGUGUGAAUUUAAAUAAAGUAAUU